GAUAAACUGUGAUAUUUCUGACAAAAUACUUACAAUAAGAAAGUAUGGUUUAAUAUCUGCUUUUAACGUUCAUUAUUAAAUUAAUCUAUGACAAAUCUACCUCAUUCCCGAGGAACUUAUUCAUUUGAAUCACAAAAAUCCGAGAUAAACAAGAGAAAAAAAAAAUUUGGUGAUGGAAGUAUAUGUUUUGGUCCAUUACAUCGCUACGUUCACUUAAAUGAUGCAGCAAAUUCACAAAUAUUUACAUUUCUCUUGCUACCACAUCUUUUAUGUGGUUUAGUUAAUUAUGUCGAGACGCAAGUAUUCCAAUAUGCUGAACACGAAUGGUUUGUAAGAUUCGAAAGGACCGAUACUCAUCUAGGUUUUUACUUGGAGUUGAUUACGCAGAAAUCCGAAAAUUGUGAAACUAUGUUCAUAAAAUCAUCACAGAUACCAAUUAAUAAAUCAGACCAUAAUGUCACUAAACGUCCAACACAAUGGAAAACUAUUACGUUAGAUUUUGAAUUCACAAUAAAAAAUCGAAAUGUUUUCAGUCAGAAUGAGUGUUUUUCCAAAUCAAAUUGUACAUUUACACAAGAUAGUUGCAGACAUGGACGUAAAAAUGUCAUAGAUUUAUCUACAUUAUCCUCAAAACGUUUUUUAUUUGAUGACGGUAAGUGUAUUAUAGAAUUGGGGUUACGUAACCCACAUAUAUGCAUAAAACUACAAGCGAACCAAGUUGAAGAUCCCACAAACCAUCUGUUACUUAAAAAAGACAGAAAAAGAACUCAUAAUAAUGGUUCUGUUGUAUUAAGGCGAAUGGAUAAUGAAACAAUCACAUUUCCAGAUACCAUUCAUUUUGAAACUGAUCACUUUUCAUAUGCUGGUGAUACAUGGGUUCUUACUAUUGACAUUGAACCAUAUCGUGACUUAUUGAGAAAUUUAACUUUUGACAGUGAUAAUUAUCAUGAUGUAUGUGCAGAUGUGGAAAUAUGCUUGACAAAAAAGUCAGAGCAUAAGACAGAUAAUUACACAUAUUAUAAUGCUGAGAAACCACUGGGAACACAGUGGACACGACUACUGUGUAAUGCCUAUUUACCAGGUGAAUGUCAUACCGGGUUGAUGCAGUUUUUAAUAGGAUCACAAGGAUGGCCAUUGAAAGCACAUUGUUGCAAGUUUGAUGAACGAACAAAUGUCGUAAAACAACAACAGCUAAAACAAGGAGAAAAAAGCCAAAAUAAUAUUUUGAAAUUUAAUUCGUGUGAAUACUUGGAAAAAGGUAAAACACGUACUCAUCAAUCAGCAGUCACUUUUCUUUUAAGCACAGUUUCAUCAAAAUUCUGUAUCACAUUAGAAAUGAUAUUUUAUGAACGAUUAACGGUGGUUAAUUUUCCUAUCAAUAAUCUUGACAAUUUUAAUCAUGUUGACAGUUGUCUAAUUAUGGAUCCAUUUUCGCUUCCAUGGAGGCUGUUUCUGAAUAGAUCAUCACGUUUAGUGAGAGUAGGGCUGGUUCCGGAGCAGAAACCAGAUUUGGAACAUGAACCAGAAUAUCUGAAAAGCAGUGAAAAAUCGUCAAAAAUACAAAGCAAACAAUCUCACUCAGAAAGGAGCACUAUACCAAGCGGUUAUCUAUAUCUCUUCGGUUGUAAGCUUCGUAUUCAAGGUUAUCAAUCAAACGGAACCAAUACUCGUGUUAUUGAACCAGUUGGAAAAGAAAUUUUACAAAUCACGUGCAAAAAAUCGGAUUUCUAUAACGAAUUGCUGCUAUCUAACCGACUUCGACAUUCUGGAAUAAACGUUCCGCAAAAUAAUUUGAAUAUUCUUUUAAUUAAAAAUUUACCGAAAUAUUUACUCAAAAAUAAUGGUGCUGAACUAUUGCAAAGUUUGUGUAAUACUAGUGUUAUGGACAUAGAUAAUAAAAUAUCUGAACGUUUGUUGAGGAAAGCUAGUCAAAUUAGUAGCGUACAGGUGGCCAUGGAAAUAACAUGUCAAGAAUUAACUGGGUCAAAUAUGGGAAUAUUAAAUCCUAAAACAGGUACUAUUACGAUUGAAAUUCAGUGGUUGUAUAGACAUCAAAUAUACAUCGAUACACUUUAUCAAACAGAUGAAAUUGGUGCCCGCCAAUACCAUCAAAUGAGAAAUGAACUAAUAAGAAUCACUAAAGAAAAGGAUGAGUUAGAAAGACAGCUUAUGGGGUACCGAAUGGGUCUAGUUCAAAUUGAUUCGCGUUCUCAUGGUCCAAAAAGCAUGCUUCCUUUGGAGUUCAUUCCUGGUCUGGUUGGUCAUUCCACAACAACUACUGUACCAUCAGGUGAAGACUGGCAUAACUCCAGUUGUUAUAGUGAAAAAGCUGUGUUACAGCAACCAUGUUACAGAAUGAACAAUACUGUGUCUAGCUUGAAAUAUGAAUGUAAUAAUCAACAUACAAAAUCACAUGCAACAUCUUCGCCAUCAAACUAUUCUUCAGAUAAAUUGAAAGCAUGUAAACCGUAUGGUUUAUUAUCAACAUGCCAUAUAGAGAACAAUAUGAGCCAUAGUUUGUUAGACUAUGAGUCUUCAGAUGAAUCAGCUCCAAGGUCAUCAUAUCCUAUUUAUCGACCAACCUCAAAGCAACCUAUGAGUUCCAAGUGUGGUAUCAUCAUAGAGUCAACAGGUUGUUGUAAAAUGAAUUGUGUUCUUCGGUCUUCCUCUUUUCCAUUUCUCUUCGGGAUUCCAAGUUAGCGAUUACCUAGUAAUACAGUCUGGUGAUUUCCAUAAUGUACAUCCUAUCCACUUCCAACAUCUCGUAAAUUCCUCCACAGCCUGAAGCUGGUUUGUUCUCUUGCACAGAAGCUUGUGGCCGAUGGUAUCCGGUCAACGGACAUUCAGUAUCAUGCGUAAAAAAUUGUUUACAAAUGCUUGUACAUCUUGAUGAUGAUUGUAGUUGCUGUCCAGCUUCCAGCUCCGUACAGUAGGACUGUCUUGACGUUCGUAUUAAAGAUUAUCACUUUGAUAUUGGUUGACAGUUGUUUUGGCAGAGGCUGGUGCUACACUAGUUGUCUUCACCUACAUUUAUUCGUGUGUAUGGGAUAGAAGAGCUAGAUCAUCUGCGAAGUCCAAAUCAUCUAGUUUCAUUAGAGCUGUCCAUAUUAUUCUGCGCAUUCCCUCAGAUAUCAAGGUCUUUAUAAUCCAGCCAACCACUAGAACAAAAAGAAAGGUGAAGACUGAGCAGCCUUGUCUGACUCCGAUCCUCACUUCGAAUGCGUCCAUCAGCUGUCCUCCACGCACCACUUUGCGCUGUAGUCCAUUGUAUGAACUCCAGAGACUUUUGACGAUCUUCUAAGGGACACCAUAAUGUCGAAGAAGGUUUCAACAGGUUCUCCGAUCCACGAUGUCAAACGCCUUCUCAUCGUCAUGAAAGUUGAUGUAUAAUGACGAGUUCCACUCAACUGAUUGUUCAAUGAUGAUCCAUAGUGUGGUCAUCUGGUAUGUGCACGACCGAUCCUUACGGAAUCCAUCUUGUUGAUCUCGAAGUUGGGCAUUCACUGAGUCCUUCAUUCGGUUGAACAACAUUCUGUUAAAAGCUUAUUCUGGUACCGAUAGUAGUGUGAUGCCUAUGUAGUUAGUUCUCACAUUUGCUUAGAUCUCCUUUCUUUAGUGUCUCGAUGAGGUAUCCUUCUUUCCAGUCUGCCGGUAUGUGUUCUCUCAAAUAUUCCUGAAUAGAACGCGGAGCAUGUUUGCAGUCGCUUCUAUGUCUGAUCACAGUGCUUCAGCUGUUAUGUUGUCUGGUCCACCUGCUUUCCCAAGUUCGAUCUGUCUGAUCGUCUUGAUUUCUCCGAUCGUCGGUGGAGUGGCAUUUAUAUGAAAAUCUGUAGGUACUGCUUUGGUGUCUGGUGGAUUCAGUCUGGUUGAUUUAUUCAAGAGUUCUUCAAAGUGCUAUACCCAUCUGCUCUUUUGUUCUUGAAUCUCAAUGGUCGGAAUCCCUUUGUCCUUGACUAGUCUCUCUGGUUAACUAUAUUUUCCUGCUAGUUUCUUCGUUGCACCACAUAGCUAUCCCAUGUUUCCCCCUCUUGCAGCUUUUUCCACUGUCGCUGCUAGGUCUUUCACUUAUUUCCGCUUGUCGACCCUAAUGCUCCUCUUCACUUCCUUAUUUGCUUCUGUGUAUUCAGUUCGUGCCUUGACUUUCUCUGUUCUUGUUCGGCUGUUGUUAAUUGCUGUCUUCUUCUUCCUCCUUUUUUGAAUCUUGCUCAAGGUUUCGGUAGAAAUCCAUUCCUUAUGAUGAUGCUUCUUGCGGCUCAGAACCUCCCAACACGUUGAAGUUAGUGCUUCUUUGAUCUUUUUCCAGUUGUCGUCCAUACCAGUUUCUCCUUUCAGUAGAUCUUGUAAGGCUUGGAAGCUGUUGUUGAGAGUUAUCUUGAAUCCGUUGAGAUUGUCAGUAUGUCGAAGGAAGGCUGUAUUGAACCUUUGUAAUGCUGUUUCUCCAGUCGUUCAUUGCUUCUUUAGCUUCAGUCCCAUCUUGGCAACUACCAGGUGGUGAUCUGGAGUUAUCUCAGUUGCUCUCCUGGUUCUCACAUCUUCCACUAACCUUAUGAAUUUUUUAGUGAUGGAAAUAUGAUCGAUCUGAUUCUCUGUAGUAUGAUCCAGUGAGACUCAUGUGGGUUUUUGUAUGCGUUUGUGACCGGUGAUUGUGUCGCUUAUAACCAUUUUGUUGAGUGCACACAAAUUUGCAAAUCUUUCACCAUCCCCAUUACGUUCUUCCAGUCCAUGCCGUCCCAUGAUAUCUUCAUAUCCGAUGUUGUUCAUUCCAAAUUUGAUACUUAGGUCUCCCAUUAGAAUGCUUCUGAGCACUUCUCUAUGGAUCGGUUGCAUUCUCUUGUAAAACUGACCUUUAUUUCGUCGUUGCUACCAUUGGUUAGUGCAUAAGAUUUGAUUAACAUUCAUUGUGAUUCCCUCAUUCUUUGUUUUGAAAGAUCCCUUGAUGAUCCAGUAUCCGUGAGAUUCCCAUCCUAUAAGUGUUCCACGUGCUUCCUUAGACAGCAUCAAAGCAACUCCCUGAGUAUAUGGAGCAUUUUCUUCUUCGUGACCACAGUACAGCAGCAUCUUUCCCAAAUCUAUACUUUUCUGUCCAGCUUGGGUCCAAUAGGUCUCACUGAUUCCGAGAACCAUUAAUAUGCGUCUCCUCAUUUCCGUAACUAUUUGAUUAGUCCUGCCGGUCUCCCACAUUGUCCGGACAUUCCAUGUACCUAUAUUCACUGUUGCUCUGUUUAUUAGAAAUGGUAUCUGUCUCGUGACUUUCGAAGAAUAUCGACUUUCACUAUGAAGCGUUAUAAUUCUUCUCUCAACUCCCGGGGUGGAGUUUAAAUGGUUUAGUUUGUUUAUUCUGGUUAGCUUUUUUAGCAAGUUUGUUUUCUACGGGAUGGGGUUGAUGACCCCAUGCCGAACCCUCCUCCUUUCCCCGGGCUUGGGACUGGCAGUAACCCUAGAAGAGCUACAGGCGGAAUUCUAACUUGCAUAAUGUAGCCCGAAAGUAACUCAUGAACUGUUAAAACAGUUUGGAAUUGCCAGCACCUCAAAGGUAGUUCAGAUGAACACUAUAUUAAGCAUACCUACAUAAAAUCUUAUUUCUAAUGUACAGUUCUUAUAAAUAAUUGAAAUUUCAUCUAUCCCUGCUUCUAAAGACACUGUAACAAACCUAGAAUCUUGUCCCAUUUCGGUCUACUCGAAACAGAGCUAAUACUUUGGCUGUUCAGCCGGUGAAAUUAAGUAUCUAAUACUUACUGAUCAGUUAAGCAAAAUAUGAUGUAAAUAAAGUAAUAAGUUAUCAGCAUUUAGGCAUUAUUAAUCAGAUUCUUCAGUUUUACAACGAUACUCAGAUUGUUGCUGAUUUAAAUUUAAUCCUUACAACAACUUAAAUCUUUACUGCUAUGUCUAUCAAUGAGAUUAAUAUUUAAGAAUCAGUUCUUUUUGCCAAAAUUUCUCUAAUUUUAAAUUUGUUUAUUAGAAACAAUGUUUUGUUAAAUUUUUGUAAAUAGUUUUAAUGUUCAGUGAAUUAGUCUUUCUCAAUCAUACAACCAAAAGCUUUUUAAAAGAAAUUGAUCAUACCACGUCAAGCAGAAAAGGAGAUAAGGGAAAUUUACAUAAAAACUGAAUUAAACCUUUGUUUAG